GAUGUCCGGGCUCUCCCUUAGAGAACGGGUGAGAAGCUCGGUCAUCAGGGAGGGGCUCAAUGCCGCUACUCCUCCGCAUUGAGAGGAGCCAGAUGAGGUGGCCGGGGCAUCUGAUUCGGAUGCCUCCUGGACGCCUCCCUGGUGAGGUGUUCCGGGCGCGUCCCACCGGAAAGAGACCCCGAAGACGACCCAGGACACGCUGGAGAGACUACUGUAUGUCUCUCGGCUGGCUUGGGAACGCCUCGGGAUCCCUCCGGAAGAGCUGGAAAAAGUGGCUGAGGAAAGGGAAGUCUGGGUAUCCCUGCUGAAGCUACUUCCCCCACGAGCCGACCCGGAAAACGAAUGGCUGUAGACGGUGGUGCCUGCGACUGGGACGGCCGGUGGAAUCACGUGAGGAAGUUCCUGGAGAGACCCGGUCCAUUCACACAUCCGGAUUUCGAGCCGAGCGCAGAGUCUCUGCACUUCCUGUUGGAGACGUGCAAGAUUUUGGUGAUCGGCGCCGGUGGUCUUGGUUGUGAGCUGCUCAAAGAUCUGGCUUUGUCCGGGUUCCGCCUCAUUCAUGUGGUCGACAUGGACACUAUUGACUUGUCUAAUCUCAAUCGGCAGUUUCUUUUCAGGCCGAAAGAUGUCGGACGACCAAAAGCAGACGUGGCUGCUGACUUCAUUAACAGUCGCAUCCCUGGGUGUAAAGUUGUCCCUCACUUCAAAAAAAUUCAGGACUUUGAUGAGUCCUUCUAUAGGCAGUUUCACAUCAUCGUCUGUGGGCUGGACUCAAUCAUCGCCCGGCGAUGGAUGAACGGCAUGCUGAUAUCCCUCCUGAGCUACGAAGAUGGAAUACUGGAUCCCAGCUCCAUCAUCCCCCUGAUCGACGGAGGCACAGAAGGCUUUAAAGGAAACGCUCGCGUUAUUUUACCGGGCAUGACUGCUUGCAUCGACUGCACACUCGAGCUCUACCCGCCGCAGGUUAAUUUCCCCAUGUGCACAAUUGCGUCCAUGCCGAGGCUCCCUGAACAUUGCAUUGAAUACCCAAGAAUAUUUCAGUGGCCCAAAGAAAAGCCAUUUGGAGAAACGAGUUUGGACGGAGACAAUCCCGAGCAUAUCCAGUGGGUGUUCGACAGAGCACUCGAGCGAGCCGCGCAGUUCAACAUCACGGGAGUGACGUACAGACUCACUCAAGGAGUUGUGAAGCGGAUCAUUCCUGCCGUGGCGUCGACAAAUGCCGUCAUUGCUGCUGCCUGUGCGAGUGAAGUGUUCAAAAUUGCGACAAGUGCGUAUAUUCCUUUAAAUAAUUAUCUGGUCUUUAAUGACGUGGACGGACUCUACACUUAUAGCUUUGAAGCUGAGCGAAAGGAAAACUGUUCGGCAUGCAGUCAGGUGCCUCAAGAUCUCCAGUUCCCGCCUUCGGCAAAACUCCAGGAGGUCUUAGAGUACCUGACGGAGAACGCUUCCUUACAAAUGAAAUCUCCUGCAAUUACGACAACUCUGGAAGGCAAAAAUAAAACUCUGUACCUGCAGUCUGUUAAAUCAAUCGAGGAACGAACAAGGCCGAACCUCUGCAAAACAUUGAAAGAGCUGGGCUUGUCGGACGGACAGGAACUAGCGGUAGCAGACGUCACCACUCCUCAAACGGUCCUCUUCAAGCUCAAUUUUACCGGCUGAAAGCGACGCGACGGUCGGCUCCCUCUGCCCGAAUGUUACUGAUUACGAGUGUAAAUAGGACGAGUAAAUUCUCACCGGUCGGCUAACGCGAGUGUAACGUUGUUUACUUGUGCAUGUGAGCCCGUCGUAGUUCUUGCCGCGCAACCGACGAUAACGCCCGUGAAUUAUCAUGUCGGUUCAUAAAUGACACAAUAGCAGAUUUGUGCUUCAGGUUUCGUACGUUCAGGUUGCAGCGGAUGAGUUUUUUUUUUGUUUUCUGUCCUGGGGGGGGUUGAUUGCUUCACGCGAGCGUCGUUGGAUGAACACUUUUUAUUCACCUUUCCACCAUAGGACGAGUUUUACAAUAUGAAGUUAUUAACGGGAUGAUCUUCGGAGUUUAAAGGGGUAAAUUGAGAUUUGGAGUCGGAAACUAAAUUAGGAUUACCGCAUUUGACCAAUCAUGAUUAACAUAUUUGUGGAAUACUGUAUAUACACGGUGGGAAAACAUUUUUUUUGUUUGUUUAUGCUUGAAGUAUGUUUCCUUUUCCUGAGUCAAAUUUUGGUUUCUCAUACUCAACGGGGCGCCCACAAAAUAUUUGUGUAUUGUAUUGUCAGACGCAUCAAUUUAAAUUAAAGGAAUGAUGGAGAA